UUGGCAUUUCAGGAUAUAUUUAGUGUUCAUCUGAUUUUACCAAAUCACGAAUGGUGCAAAGGGAUACAGAAGUAGCUAGUGUAGCGCGGGUCCAGAAAUAGCGUAGUCUGGGCGUCCAGCAACAGGUUGACGCAGAGCUGCUUAAGCCUCCACGCGAGAUGGAUCUCGGACGACGUCGCUCCUCCACUUCCAUCGGUCACGAAAAGUGUUCAUUCCACCAUGACCUGGAGCUUGAACAUUCACCCCUGCCACGAGAAGAACUUAUCCCAGAGCUGGCCGCGAGCUACCGAAGUGUGAUCCACAACCUGGGCGAAGACGUGACCAGGCAGGGGCUCCUCAAGACCCCUGAGAGGGCGGCUAAAGCCAUGCUUUUCUUCACCAAAGGCUACGACCAAACCAUACAAGAAGUUCUUAACGACGCCAUCUUCGACGAGGAUCACGACGACAUGGUCAUCGUCAAGGACAUCGAGAUGUUCAGCAUCUGCGAGCAUCACCUCGUGCCCUUCUGGGGCAAAGUCUCGGUCGGGUACCUGCCCAACAAGCGGGUCCUGGGCCUCUCUAAAGUCGCCAGGAUCGUCGAGGUGUUCAGUCGUCGGCUGCAAGUGCAAGAGCGGCUGACGAAACAGAUCGCUAACGCCAUCGUCGAGGCGAUCAAACCUGCCGGCGUGGGGGUGGUGGUCGAGGGCACGCACAUGUGCAUGGUCAUGCGUGGCAUCCAGAAAGUCAACUCGAAGACCACGACGUCCACAAUGUUGGGGGAGUUCCGGAACGACCAGCGCACCAGGGAAGAGUUUCUGUCGCUCCUCAAGUGAUGCAAAAUCAGCUUCUCGACGCCAUGUUCUCAGAAAACGCGGAACUCGGACGCUGUCGUCAGCACCGAGGUAUCUUCCGAUGUUGCGGAAAAAAUCAAGGACUUUAAUGCGGAGGUUGGGAAAAAUUGUGUCAUGAACCAGUCUUUAAUGCGAAGUGAAUAGUUGAGGUCAGUAAAGGUUUAGCCUACGGUUUUGGGUCUUUUGAAAACCACGCAACCGGUUUUUUCAUAGAUCUGCAUUGUGGCAUCCGCACAUUUGCAGUGUUUAUUAAAAUUAUUAAUACAAUAUUCAAACCUGAAAGCCAUGUAUUAUUGGCUACAACUUUAUUUCUGUUCAAGCUAAGAAUUUCUUCAUCCAUAAGGGACAAAUGAGGACUUUUCUAUUUUUGUAUCGGCCAAGAAAUUAUGUGCUUUUCCGAAAACUAAUUAAGCGAUCUCAGCUUUCCUUUGAUUAAGCCGUUUUUAAUACAAUGACAAUAUAAAGUAGGUAUCAUUCACUUGUUUGCUAUGAGUUUAUAUAAAAAAGGUUUUCAAGAAUAAAUUAGAAAUUCUCUUUAUUUUACCAGUCACCAGUAGCUGAACUAUGUUUAUGGUCAAUUUAUUCUACAAUGGCGGACCAUUCAUGACCUGAAGAUUUUCGUACUGGCCCCUUGGUAUUUGAUUCGCGCUAAUCCCUCGAACACGAUGACUAAUUUUAGUUUAAAUUACAAUCGAAUUACAUUUAAAUAUAAUUAGAAUUGUGGUAUUCCGAAGAAAUUUAUGCGCAACAUGUUUAAAACAUGAAUUCUACCCGCCCACGACGGGCUCCAGAUGGCUUUACAUUCAAAAAUGAUUGCUUAUCCUCAACUCAGACUCCUAAAAAAUCGUCACCUCGAAAAUUGACAUAUAUCUCAUAUUUUUAAAAUUCUGUUCGUCAAUGUUUGUUGAUGGCUAAGAAAGUGAAUGUUUCAGCAUCUGUGGUUUAUGUAGUGACUAUUAACUGGUAGCACGAGAUGAAACCUCUUGGGCGCUCAUGUUUGUUUAAGUGUUGCUAAUAAUUCUGUGUAUAGAAUUACGAGCGAUGAAAUUUAUGUUCGAAUUGAAAUUGGUUUGCAUUGCCAAAGCAGUAACCAUAUUUUAAUCGUGCUGUUCUCGGUUAUUUUCUUUGCUUUCUUUUGCAUAUUUCACUUUCAAGUAGUUACUAUUUCCGGAUUCCAAAUAAUAUUCACAUAAUCUGAAAUUUUCCAGCUAUAUGCGCUCUAAUGUCUCCCAGGGACGUUUUAAUUAUAUAACAAUACUUUCUGCACUACGAAGUCUUUGAGAACAAAACUAUUUGUCAGAAAAUCAGAGCUGUUAUCUAAUCUGAGAUUAUUAUAUUUAAAUUCUCAGCGCUUUAAAUUUAAGAAUACACUCAAAUUUUAUGGAAUAAAUUAUUUUCUGUUAGUUUACAAAUUAUAGCAUGCACUUUAAUAGAGCAUCAUUCAAGGUUCAUUCUAUACCACAUUAACAGUCAAAAUUCUGAUGUUCACUGUAGCAUGUACGCUUGUCAAUAUUUCAGCCUCGCCCCGCUGCAUUAAUUUAAUGGCAACAUGAACUGCGGAGUCAAUUACUUUCAAUGUUUAAUUUCAUACAUCAUUCAUUAUACACGAGAAUUUCAUUUCAGUUGGCUAACUAUAAUCUAAUACCCGUGGGAAAAAAGCAUGUAUGUAGUGAAAUGUAUGUCGUAACUCGUAAGUUAUUUUGAUCUUCCAUGACGUGGCAAUGUUGCGACGAAGGUAACCAAGAAACACGUUACUUUUAAGUGUAUUUUCAAUUAUAAGAUAGAACGAUGAUGAAGUGUCUUUCUUCGAAACACAUUCCUGUUUAAUUCUAGUAAGUAGGAAGAAUGUAUAAAAUGAGCGAUGGAAGCUCAUUAUUGCUCAUCCAAGCUCACCAUUCAUUGUCUUUUCUUUGUCUGAGGAAGAACUUUUGAACUUUGAAAAAAAAUUUGUCUCCGGAUAAGUUUUCCGUUUCCAAUGUCAUUCGUACCUAAAGCCUUGGUAGAAGUAGACAAAAGGAAGGCUAAGCGUAGACAGAAGGUAGACAGAUGGUAAGCUGAGGGUAGACAGAUGGGAAGCUGAUGGUAGAGAGAUGGUAGGCCGAUGGUAGACUGAGAGUAUUCGUUCAUAGGCUAGUCUGAGAGUGAGAACGACGGCUUUCAAUCUGGUGCUGGUCUAAAUUACAUUUUAUUCAUAAAAUAAUGUAUGGGAUGUUGCAUGGAAUGUUUUCAUUAACACACACCGUUGAAGCAAACAUAAAUUUGUAACGAAAUAAUUUUUUGUUAACGCAAACUAAUAAUAUUCGUUAAAAAGUUGGGAUAAAAGUUCCUGGUAUCAAUGGUCAACUCUACUCAUCAAGAUUAAUGGUAAAAGAGGAAAUUGAUCAUAUAUUAUUUUUUAUUUAAUUUUAAUAAAAGUGUUUUAUCUUCACAGUGAGUACAAUUAAAUUCUUUUAAUGCUC